AUCAGUUUGAAAGAGACAGCGAGAGGCAGCAAAAGUGUGUUACAAGUUUUUGCACACCCGAAAUAUUCCAAUUAAAUUAGAAUUAAUGCAAAUUUAAAACAAAGUGCAAGUGCUAAACAUUGUGCAACGGUGUGUAUAUUGUAAUUUUAAGCAUUUUGUAAAUAAGAUAAAAGUAUAAUCAAACAAAUCAAAUCAAAUCAUCAAUAACUAAAAAGCAGCCAUCUAAAGAAAAUUCCACCAAACUUUAACUGACAAGUGCUGCCAAAGCCACAAAAAAACAAAAAAAAAAAAAAACAAAGUCAACAAAAUGGGCUGCACUACAUCGGCUGAAGAGCGCGCUGCCAUACAACGUUCCAAACAAAUCGAGAAGAACCUGAAGGAGGAUGGCAUCCAAGCGGCAAAGGACAUUAAACUUUUGCUACUCGGCGCCGGUGAAUCGGGCAAAAGCACAAUAGUCAAACAAAUGAAAAUCAUUCACGAGAGCGGGUUCACUGCGGAGGACUUUAAACAAUAUCGACCGGUUGUUUACAGCAACACAAUACAAUCAUUAGUUGCAAUAUUGCGAGCCAUGCCAACUCUUAGUAUUCAGUAUAGCAAUAACGAGCGGGAGAGCGAUGCGAAAAUGGUGUUCGAUGUGUGCCAACGCAUGCACGAUACCGAACCCUUCUCAGAGGAGCUGCUGGCCGCCAUGAAGCGGCUCUGGCUUGAUGCCGGCGUCCAGGAAUGCUUCUCGCGCAGCAACGAAUAUCAAUUGAAUGAUUCCGCUAAAUAUUUCCUGGAUGAUUUGGAUCGGUUAGGCGCCAAAGACUAUCAGCCUACCGAGCAGGAUAUCUUGCGCACCCGAGUCAAGACAACCGGCAUUGUCGAGGUUCAUUUCUCCUUCAAAAAUCUCAACUUCAAAUUGUUUGAUGUGGGCGGCCAGCGAUCUGAGCGCAAGAAAUGGAUACAUUGCUUUGAGGAUGUGACAGCGAUUAUAUUCUGCGUGGCGAUGUCCGAAUACGAUCAGGUCUUGCAUGAGGACGAAACUACGAACCGCAUGCAAGAGUCCCUGAAACUGUUCGAUUCCAUUUGCAAUAAUAAAUGGUUCACGGAUACGUCGAUUAUACUGUUCCUGAACAAAAAGGAUCUGUUCGAGGAGAAGAUACGCAAGAGUCCGCUGACAAUUUGCUUUCCCGAAUACACAGGUGGCCAGGAGUAUGGCGAGGCGGCUGCGUACAUUCAGGCCCAAUUCGAAGCGAAAAACAAAUCAACCUCGAAAGAAAUCUACUGCCACAUGACGUGCGCCACAGACACCAACAACAUUCAGUUUGUAUUCGAUGCUGUCACCGAUGUCAUCAUAGCAAACAAUCUGCGCGGCUGCGGCCUGUACUAAGACGUGAUGGCGGGGCUAAACGGGAACCGUUACGGUAUUAAAAAAACAAAACAAACAAAAACAAAAAACAGAAAAAAUUUAUGAAAAAUAAUAACAAAAACAAGAAUAAUACAGCGCGGGAGCACAACAACCCACCAGCAUUGAUCAAAAAAGCAAAUGAUGAUAGAACCAACACAACAAACAAAACACACACACACACACACAAACACACACAUACACACCAAGCAAAAGCAAAGCCCAAAGAACUUUUAUUUGUUGUAACACACAAACACACACUCACUCCGAAGAGUAUGAGAAUCUGUAUGUGCUUAAAAUAUGAUUGAGAAUGAGAGUUAGUUGAUGGAGGCAGCUGACUAAAAGAGAAGAGUAUAAAAAAACGUAAAACAUUGACAGAAGCAGAAAUUCAAGCAUAUUGAAGAGCAUUUCCUAUAUUUGCUUUACAUUUGCAUCAUGCAAAGCUACAUGUAUGACAUGAAACGCACACACAACAAACACAACAAACACACACACGGACGCACAAACAAACGCAUAACGCAAGCAUUAAUGCAUAAUAUGUAGUUGUUGUUUGGUCUGAAUAAUUUUAUAGAAUUUCAUAAUUUAUGUGUAGUUUAGUUUCUCGUGUAUUUAUUGAAACAAAAACUAAAAGAAAACAAAACAAAAAGCAAAAAACAAAAACAAACAAAAAUUUAAACCAAAUGAAAAGUAAAGAAUUGAACAAAGUAUAUACAUAUAAAUAUAUGUAUACACAUGUAUAACGCAUAUAUGCCGGCAUCUAAGUAUAUAAAUAUUAUAUUAUAUAUAUAUAUUAAAUGUUUCCUGUUGCAAUCUCUUUGAAAUUAUUCAUACCAUCAACGCUGCAUUUCUCAUGCUUGUUUAGGCUUAAGUUCAAAGUUUACAAACUCUCUGCGCGAAUUAAACAUGCAACAAGAAUAAUAACAAACAAAGUCCCUGGGCAAUGAAUUAGCAGAAUGCGUAUAAAUAUUAUUGAAAGAAAAGUAAAACAAAAACAUAAACAACAAAAAAAAAACAAAAACACAAAUUUAAAAAUAAUACUUAAAGCAUAACGUAAUGAUAAAGCAAAUGAACAAACCAAAAACAAAACAAAAUUAACAUGAAAAAAACGUAAAACUCUAAUAUGUAAGGCCUAAUUUAAUACAAAAAAAAAAAAAACAAAAACAAAACAAAAGAAAACCGGACAAAAAUGAAAGGAAAACUCUCUUAACUAUUUGUAUUUACUAUCAAAAAUUGCGAACUCGAUGCAGCCAGCCAGCCAGCCAUAAUUCGAUUAUAUAGAUCGAUGUAAAUUGUAAUUUGUUGAAAUUUGCGUGUGUGUGUGUAUAGCAUAUAUGCCAUAUACCAUAUAUAGAAGGAAUCGAGAAUCGAGCUGAAGCAGCUACAAAUCGCACGCACACACACACAUACACACACACACACACACACACACACACAACGCACAAACACGCAAAGACGCGCACACACACACACACACACAGCCACACAAACUAACUUUAAUUUUUGUACACUAAUUUAUUGUAAUUAAUAUAAUUUUGUUGCAUUUAUAAAGCCACAUACGAUUGUAUCUUUUAUAAUAUGUAAUUCAAUUCAAAACUUAAAACACAGAGAAACUCGCAAUAGAAACUGAGAAAUAUAGGAAGGAAACGGGAGGAAAAUCUCAACAAAAAAAGAAGAAAAAAAAACAAAAUAGAAAACAGUUCAUUGUAAAACGCAUUGUAUGUAAUAUUUAUAAAGCAUAUACAUACUAUAUAUAAUAAUAAUAUUAAUAAUAAUAAUAUUAAUUGUAACAUUUAUUGUAUUUAGUGAAUGGCAUUUAACACUGUGCGGUUGCAGCUGUUAAUUUUGUUUAGACUUAUUUAUACACACUUAUUAAUGUAUUUAUGCAUAUGCAACUUCUUUAAUGUAUGUAUGAUUGUGCAUUUUGAUUUUACACAAUGAAUUUAUAAUUGUUAUUUUAUAGUAUUUUUGUAUAUUAUACAGCAGCUCUCUCUCCUCUCCUCUCCUCUCCUCUCUCUCUCUCUUUCUCUGUCUCUCUUCCUACGCUCCUCUCUACUCCCACUCUCUCUCUAGCUCCAAAUUCCUUUCCCCCCCUUAUAUACUAGUAUGUUUUUUGCAGUUUUGUGCUCUUGCUCUAUGCGAAAUCCAUUUAUGUUUUAUAGUUUUUAAGCCUUAUUUAUGUAAAACACAUGCAACACGCAACUUAAACAAAAACAACAAGUUAGUACGUUUAUUAGCAAAAUAAAUAUCAUUUAACAUUUUGAAAACAAUUGACAAAGUAUCUCAUAAACCAAAAUACACUUGAUACAGAACAACAAAAACCAGUGUGUAAACUAUGCAAAAGUUGUUGAACAACGCAUUUUUUCGUAGAUACUUGUGCAGUUACAUUGUGUAUCUACGAGAUACGAGAUACUUUUGUAGUUGAAUGCCAUAUUAUGAGCAGUUUUCUAAGCAUACCUACCCCAUGCCCAUGCAAUUUGACAACAACCGAAAUUAAACAAACCCAAAAAACACUCCUUAAACCUAUCCAAAAACCACAAAAAAAAACAACCACAACAAACACUGUAAUAUUUAUCGUAUGUACUUUCCAUUCAAAUUGUAAAAUUCUACCAAAAUACAAAAAAAAAAUUUAAAAAAAAUCAUUUUCAAAUAAAAACUAUUUAUUCAAAAACAAAACAAAACAGCCAAACUCUUUAUUCUACACAUUUCUCUUGCAGCUGGUUAAAUGAGCUGCAUUAAAUUAGACAACUAAUUUUAUUGGAUGCUGCUAUUGUCCCAGGCAAGGCAAACACACACACACACACACACACACAAUACCCGACACACAACACAACACAACACACACUCACAGCGCAUUUUUACAAGCAAAAAGAAAGAGUAUAAAGCAAACCGGUGUGAACUCUGCUAAGUUGACUAAACUGUAUGUAAUUAUAUAUAAAAAUUAUGAAUAUAUUUAUUGAAAAUUUAAUUCAACCGAAAAAAAGAACAACAAAUAUUUGUAACUACAACUGAUGUAAUUUAUAAACAUAAUAAAAAAGGGAAACUCACAAGAACUUAUUCAUUUAACUAUUAAAAUAAAAAAAACUAACAAAUAAAACGAGCGAUCUUUAUAUAAAUAAAAUAUAUAUAUACAUACAUAUAUAUAGUGAGAACAACAAACAUACACAUAUGUACUAUAUUUUUCUCGAAAAUUAUGUAACUAACUGCAUAAUCAUGAAACAUACAAACAAGACUUUCACUAUUUUAUUUUUUUAAAUACUCAUGCAAAAUGACUAUAAUUUUUCUUCAAACUUAAGAAUCAUCUAGCUCAACUUUGUAACUCUACAAAAUAAAAACUACAAUUUACAUAAUACAUAAUAGUACAUAUACAAAUAAACAAAAUACAAAAUACGUAUGCAUAUACCAUACUUCGUCAAAACAAAACAAAAAACAAAUAAUAAUAAACAUUUUUGCAUAUUUGCCAUAAACAGAAAACAAAAAGUCAACUUUACAUAAAGUAAAUUAAAACUUCAACUCAUAUAGCAAACAUAUUUCAUAUUUUUCUAAAAAAACGCUCAUACAACUUUUUGCUCCAAUAUGUAACACACACACACACACACCCACACACACACUCACAAAGGACGCACCACUACUACAGUGAAAAAAAUUAACUAUUACUUUAAUAGCAGUUAAAAUUUAUAAGAUGCAAAACCAACUUUGAUUUGUGGAAAAAUUUAAAAAAAAAACAUACCAUAUAUAAUUAUAUACAAAUUAUAAUAAACUUAAAUGAGAAACAACUCAACGCAUUGGAAAUAACAACAAAAACAAAAAGAAUGUUGAAGUUUGUAAAGAGCUGGUGGAGAUUGGCUAGCGGAAUAUGGAACCAGAGUUUAUAGGUAGACAAACUUUAGAUGUUGUAUCUAAAUUUUUUAGCCCAAUUCGAAUUGCUUUUGUUGUUCACCUAUAAACACAGUAAAGCAAAUUAUAAUUUCCCAUGUUUAAUCUCUUUAACGAAGAGAACAACUUUUAUCAUAUUUCUAAUGUAUUUUGUCCCAUGAAUUUACAAUUUUAUAAAUUCAGAGCGAGCUAAACGAAGUACAGAAAUCAACUUUUUGCAUUCCUCGUGUACGAACUAUGUAUGAACCAAGCCCUUGAGCAGCAGUUUUUAAAUGUGAAACGAGCAAGUAAGCAAAUGAAAAAAGAAAACAAA